UAAACAGUUUGGUCAAGUUUGAUAUUUGAGCGCACCCGCAGGUGGUUUCGGAAAUUGUUUUGCAUGUUUCAUGUUUUCGUUUUAUGAAUGUGCUAGGGCUAAAUCAAAAAGGUUAUAGUUUUCUAACACAUGUAUCCGUUGUUUUCUAAAAAAUAAUAAAAUCUUACUCAACCCAAAGCGCUGUUAUUUGCAAUAGAACGUAGUGAUUAUAUGGUCUUUGUUUGCAAUCACACUAGAGUCAAAGGUUACACCGAUCACCAUUUCUGAACGCUACACGGUUGUCAGUUUUGACAGUUACAUCUCGAUCAAUACAUUCAGGAGAUUUCCUGCCUACUUUUUAUCCCAAAAAAUUACGUUUAUUAGGAAAAAGGGGCGUUAGAAAUACUUUGUAACCGCGGCAACACGUACUAACAAAAUGGGAGAUCCGUGGGUGAUACAGCCGCAUGAGCACGCAAAGUUCGCAGAGCACUUCCGAAACCUUGGUCCGGCUAAUGGGAACCUGAGCGGGGAGCAGGCCAAGCGGUUCAUGUUGCAGUCUCAACUGCCGCCACCGGUACUUGGACAGAUAUGGUCUUUGGCGGACUGCAAUGCCGACGGGAAACUGGACCUCAAGGAGUUCUCUAUUGCUUGCAAGAUAAUCAAUUUGAAACUGCAUGGUAUUGAAGUACCUAAGGUCCUGCCACCAUCUUUGCUGGGAUCACUCAGUCCUACAGGACCCCCAAAACAAGCGUUCCCAGCUCCAGCGAAGCCCCCAAUACCCCCCAUGCCUUCAAUCCCCCAACAACCUCUAAUAGGGGGUAUAUCACCACAAGGGGGUAUGCCAUCACAAGUUGGUAUGCAACAACCAACACAGUCACUACUGGGUGACUUCGGACAACCGUCACGCCCAGCCGGACCUACUGUACCUGACCUCAUAUCUGGUGUCAAACCUAUGACCCAACCGAUGGGCCCACAAAUGACACCAGCGCCUAUGCAACCAGUUAUGCCAACACAACCAAUCAUGCCAGCGGCGCCUUUGAUCCCAAGUCAACCAAUGGCCGCCCCAAUGAUACCAGCGCAACCUUUAAUACCAAACCAACCAUUAGCGCAACCAAUAGUGCCGAAUCAACCAUUGGCACAAACUAUGGGGCAACCAUUAGUGCCAAAUCAACCUAUGGCACAACCAAUAAUACCAAAUCUACCUAUGGGGCAACCAAUGAUCCCAAACCAAGGAAUGGCCCAGCCGUUGGUGCCAAAUCAAUCACUCGUAGGCGCAGCGCCAUUGAUAUCAUCCCCACCGCAACCCUUGAUAUCGGGGACCACCAUGGGUUCUUUGAUUAGCAGCCCGCCGAAGCCUGUGAACACGGUCGCGGGUUCAAUCCAGCCUGUUACCAGCACGCCCAUUGCGGCUGUUAAGGCUGAAGAGACUUCUAAGCCAGCGUCAUUGGCAGGCUCAGCUCACGUUUCGGCCGUCACAAGUCCGGUGGAGCCGCUCGGCGUCAUGAGCCCGCCUGCCGUCGCCGAGUGGGGCAUCCCACAGCCGCAGAAGCUCAAGUAUACUCAACUCUUCAACGCGACGGAUCUGCAGAAAAGCGGCUGGGUGUCGGGCGCUCGUGCACGCUCCAUCAUGCUUCAAUCACGUUUGCCUCAGGCUGCUCUGGCCCAGAUAUGGGCAUUGGCUGAUUUGGACUCAGACGGCCGGCUCGGCUGCGAAGAGUUCGUGCUGGCUAUGUACCUGUGCGAAAAGGCUACUCAGGGCGAGCCUGUGCCCGCCAAGCUGCCGCCCGAACUGAUCCCGCCUACGUUCAGACGUCAGUCCGUGACCAGUAUUACCAGUAACCAGUCCUACGAAGAGCGUCGCCGAGAAAACAUGGCGCGUGGACAGGCCGAGCUGGAGCGAAGACGCGAACAGUUGGAAAAAGAAAAGGCUGAGCGGGAGCGUAAGGAAAGGGAAGAGGCAGAGAAGAAGGAAAAGAUAAGAUUAGAGGCGCAGAAGAAGGAACAAGAGGAACUGAUGAGGAAACAGAAGGAAGAACAAGAAAAACGCGAGGCUGCAAGAAAGGAGAUGGAAAGGCAAUGCCAGCUAGAAUGGGAGAAAAAGAGAACACGGGAACUGGAAGCUCUCCGCACCGAAGAGCAAACCAAAGUCCUGAGCCUCAAAGCCAAGAGCCAAGCUCUAUCAGCAGAGCUAAGCACUGUCGCCACCAAAGCCGGCAACUUGGCGAAAGACAUUCGCAGCAGUCGGACUGCUGUGGCCGCUGCUAAAUGCACUAUCGAUGGCAUGAGGUCGGACCGCGACUCGAGCAUGGCCGAAAUGCAGCAGCUUAAAGCGCGAGUGAAAGAACUCAACGCAAAACAGAUCGCCCUUAACAAGGAGAAGGCCGAGCUGGAUGCCAAGGCUAAGGCGUCAGAGGGCGCUGGCGAAGACGGCAAGCUUAGCAUGAUGGAGGUCACACUCAAACAACUGCGAGAUAAGGUGGAAGCAGCAAAGGCGAUAGUCGAAAGCAAGAAGACCGACCUUGACACCAACCAGACACAACUGUCAGAGCUGACAGCGAGAGUGACAGAGCUCGGUGACAAGUGUCAGAAGGUCUGGCAGCUAUACGAGGAGAAACGGCAGGAGUACUUGGAGCGGAAGACCACAGCACCUGCUGAGAGCGCCUGGGGUGCUACUGAAGCAGACUGGGGCACGUCAGACGACGCGUGGGGCGAGCCAGCCGCGGAGUCUGCGUGGGGCGACGCCCCCGCCGCCACAGCGACGGAGACAGUGCCAUCUACUAUCACACCAUCAUCAUCAUCGGCGCCUCGCUGGCGCUGCGUAUACGAGUUCACGGCUCGUACUGUGGACGAACUGAGUCUCCAGUGCGGUGAUUUGGUGAGCGAAGCCGUGGCACCAAGGGGCGACGCGGAGCCCGGGUGGCGAUGGGGUACCGCUAGAGGUCAAUCUGGCUGGUUCCCGGAAUCCUACGUGGAAGAUAUCAACGCCGCGUCAGCUUACGCCACCGAGGUCAUUGAACCACUGGAAACUAAGACGCAACUCGAAGGUAUUGCUGAAGUCCCUGAAGCUGAAAUCGCUAAUGAUCUCGGUGGAGCCAUGCCAGUUGUUGAGGGAGGUGAUUUCUACAUAGCAGCGUACCCAUACAACUCAGCUGAACCUGGUGACCUGGUGUUCGAGGCAGGAGAGAGGAUCGAGGUCAUGCGGCGAGACGGCGACUGGUGGACCGGACGUAUUGGCAACAGGACCGGUAUCUUCCCAUCCAACUACGUGACAAAAGACGCUACGACGACCUCGGAACCGAUCGCGCCCAUACCGGAGGCGGUGGAACCGGACCCGGAACCGGAACCGGAACCCGCGCCGCAGCCCGCGGCGGUCACACCGGUGUUGCCCACCGAACCGGUACAGGAGCAAAAAUCCUCCACGCCAAUCUCGUCAGAAGUGGCCGCCAUUACCGACAAUGCGUCCGUGCCGCGACCAGCGUCGGCCGCUCGGCGAGAUUCUGGUCGCGAUUCUGCGACUGGACGCAGGAAGGCCGAGGUGGCUCAGGCUAUCGCUGCGUAUACCGCUACCAGCGCCGAACAACUGUCCCUAACCAAAGGCCAACUCUUGGUGGUCCGUAAGAAGGCUGACACCGGUUGGUGGGAGGGAGAACUACAAGCUAAAGGUCGCAAUAGACAAGUUGGCUGGUUCCCUGCUAGCUACGUCAAGGUGUUACAAUCUUCGGGCCGCACUUCGGGCAGAACGACCCCCGUGCUGUCGUCUAAAAUGGACGCCAUGCCGGCCGAGACAGUCAUCGAUAAGGUGAUCGCGCUGUACCCGUACACAGCUCAAAACGCCGACGAGCUAAGUUUCGAGAAAGACGACAUCAUAGCAGUCACCGAUCGUAGCCAAGAUCCUGCUUGGUGGCAAGGCGAACUUCGCGGGAUGACUGGAUUGUUCCCGAGCAACUACGUCACCAAACUAGUUAACUAAAUGUCACCAAAUUAGCCCCUAAACUAUGUAAUCACAUUCAUAUACUAAACUGUAAUAGAUCAGUUACAUUAAUCGUUCCCUUGAAGUUUAAAAACUUUAAAAUACCAAUAACCCUUGAACAGCCAAAGACAUUGACAUAUAUCUAAGGACGGGCCUUACGGGUACUAAGAAUGGUUCUAGUUCAGCGGUAUCACUCACGAAUUCGAGCCAAUCGUGCAGUCUGGAACUAGUUGCGACCAAUCGCGCGCGCGAUGCGAACGCAUCAACCAAUCGCGUUGUGGCGUUAGACUGCACGAUUGGCUCGAAUUCGUAAGUGACACCGCUGUACUGGCUCCAUUCUUAUUGCCCGUCCAUGGCCAAAGACGUCAACUGACGCGCGGCUGCAGCCCAAUAUCUACCUUCGUGCAUUCCGACAAGGUUCAAAAUGGCGCGCGUUCAAAGGAUUAAUCUUCACUCUACGGCUAUGAGUAUGUAGAAAAAAAAUACCGUAUUUAAAUGCGCCAUGAAUAUUCGAAGUUAUAAAAACUCAAAUAUGAUAAGACCUAGCUAGAUCGAUUUUUCGCUCGUUUAAACGUAUAAGAUAUUAUAGUAUGUGAUCGAAAGUACGUUAUUGCCGAGAGGGAGAAUGAAGCAAAAUACUGACCAUAAACUUAUAUUAAAUAUAUUAAAAGAUUGGUCAAUAAUACCUUCAAGAAGGGUAGUGUCUCGCCUCCCCCUCCCCCCUACCUGCCGCCGCCGCCGCACGUGGAGAGCUGCACCACGCAGUCUGCGUCGGUCCGCCAACGCGUACUCGCAUUGAAGCUCCUCGGUAUGGAGCGAAACAUGUAGACUCUACAUGUUCAACAUUGUAGAGUCAACUUCGACUUAAUAAUACAUCAUUGACCCGGUUUAACCUUUUGAACCUUUAUAUCAUAAACAAAAACAUCACUCAAACGCCAAGCUCCCGGGCGCGAGCAAGCUAAUGUAAACCUUAGGUACUCUAAAGUGUGAAGGUUACUUUGACAGCGUACGUCAUGACACCUAUAGGUGUCCUUGGCGCUGUGGGCACGACUAGUAACGACGACUGUAGGGGUUCUUGGCGUUCAAAGGGUUAAUAUAUUUAAUAUAGCAAAGUCAACUUUGCCGUACAUUAUUGAGAAAAUGAAUAUUUCUAGAAAACCCACUUUAUAAUAUGCUUAUAGAAAUCACUAUAAUGUUUGUAGUAUUGUAAAUGUUUACAAGUAGAGAUAUAAUACUCAAACCUACGUUACAAAAUAUUCAACAAUUGGGUAAAAAAUAUUUUCGUUGUCUCGUUUCUGACCACUCUGUCACGCUUGUAUUUAUGUCUUCUGUCAAAUAAAAAAAAAGUCGAGUGCUUUUGCAUAUCUUUCUAGCUGCAGAUUAUAAUUAACAUGAAAAAAAAAAAAAAAAACAAAUGUAUCUCAUACAAAAAAGCUACACUCCGUCACAUUUUUUGGCGACAAAAAACGAGACAACGAAAAUAAUCUUGACCCAAUAGGCGGUCCACACAGAGCGAGCAUACGCGCGAGGCAAUUUCCUCACGCACAAUACGGCCAGUGUAGACGAGCCUCGGACGAGGAAAACGCGCGCGCCGCCUCGGUUGAUUGAUUGAUUUAUUUAUUUCUUGGUAAAAUCGUUGUUUUACAAGUCAGGAUUACAUUAAAUAAUUACAUAAUAAGAUUAAAAUAACUAAUAUUUACAAAUGAUAACAUUUACAACUAAAUCUUAUAUUUAUAAUUAAUCAAGCAUUAAGGACCAUACAACUUUUACGGGUUACUUAUGAACUCCACGGAGAAAAUCGUCAACGCUGUAGCAUACCUGUGCGAUUAGCAGCGCUUUAAGUUUCUUGGUAAACACAGAGUCACUUUCCGCGGACUUUAUGUCAGGCGGAACCAAGUUGUAAAUCUUGGCCCCAAUGACACUGAGUGAAUUCCUGAGCUUAGCAACGGGGGCAACCAACAUUGGCUGUCUGCGGUUGUUAUCACCACGGCUAGAGUUGGUUUUAUACCUAGCGAGGUUAGACCUGACAUAUUGGCACGCUGUCAAUAUGUAGACAGAAGGUAGCGUUAACACUCGGCCGAGGCACGUCUACACUGGCCGUUUAGUGCGCGAGAAAAUUGCCUCGCACGUAUGCUCGCCCGUGUGGACCCGCCUAAUUACUUUAAAUUACUUGUUAUGACGUUAAAAUAUUCAUUCCAUUUUUUUUACUUUAUAUAUAUAGUGUUAUCUAUUAUGUAAAGGUGUCUGUGGGAGAAAGGAGGUAAAUUAUUACACGGAUUAUUUCCUCUAGUUACCAGUGGUUAUAAACGAGAUGUUUUUUCUCGCUUAGUAGCACUGAGAAUAAAUAAAUCCUGAAACAGAAUUAUUUUUCUCAGGACAGGUGAGAAAAAAAAUCUUAUUUUUUUCCAUUGGUAGGAAUAGAAAGGUAAAAUCUAAGGAAAAACGUGGCCCUUAGUUUGACAUCCGAAACAGAUGGCGCUGUACUGCGCCAUAUGUUGUGCGGUCACUGAAUUGUCAAACGUCUACUUUUGACAAUCAGAGAGAGAGAGAGAGAGAGAAAAUGUAUGGAGCUGUACAGCGCCAUCUCGUUUACCUGUCAAAAUCGAAGCUCGAAAUUGUCUUAGAUUUUACACAUCUUACUCAAUCAAUGUAUCUUUUCAUGUGGGAAUAACCCGACCUUACCAAUCGUCUAUCUCUUUUCCAAAACGCUUGCCACAAUUUUACAACGCGUUACGUAGUGCCUAAAAGCGUUAACUGACGAGCGUACCGCGACCUUGGUCUGGUCAAAAUAUCUCUUUCCCGCUCUCACUUAUAGCUGCGUCCUUAACGGACGUACGGCGGAUCACAUUACACUCGAUCGAACAGGGCUCGGACCGGACCAAGGUCGCGGUCCGGUAGGCCCGUCAUUGUCUUUAAUAUUGUAAAUUUGUAACUCCAAAGUUCCCAAAUUCAACAAUGGGUACAAUUUUUUUUAACGGAGGUACUAAAUAGACAAGUAAACAAGUUAGGUACAAAAAUAUGGUAUGCCUUUCAUUUUUUUUUAUUUAGGUACACCCGCCAUUCUGACUCUCACACUAAGGGAAUGACCGCGCAAGCUGAGUUUCAAAACAAACGUAUUUCCCAUAUUCAUCUCUGGAUAUCAACAUUAUUGAAAAUAUUUUGACACAAAGGGACCGUGCGCGUUGGAGGGUCUGCCAUCUUGUGGCCUGAAUCGGAACCAUAAACAGUACAUGUGCAUGUCACGUGUUUUCCUCUGCAUAGUAGGUUCUGCCAUCUUGUGGGCUACAUCGGAACAAUAAACAUCACAUUUACGCCUCCUACAGUUCAUGCACGCUCCCUAUAUGCCUCUUCGUUUGUUUUUUUUUUUUAAUUCAAACUAUUUCAACUUAGGUGCAUUUCAAAAUUUGUAUGGAAUUAGUUUUUCGCUUCAUACUCCUUUAAUAAUUAAUAAUCGAAAAAAGUCUAACGAAAGACCAUAGCUAUGUUAUGUACAUUAAAUUAUUAAAUUAUGAAAAAGUAUAUUCUCUAAUCAGUGGAAAAUGGGAACAUGUAUGGAGAAGCGGUCGUCCCCUAUCCUCUUAAGGAACCCUACCAUUAUCUGUCAACUGCAAAAAUAUAUAUAUAUACAUGUUAGAAUACAACAUAAAUAAUUUGCACUUCUGUACCAGUACAAAAUAUCGCCAAUUUUGUAAGGAUUAGUUGCCAUUUUCGAAUUUAUUUUUAUUGUGUACUAUUCAUCAUGUAGACAUGUAUCAAGUAGUUUGUUCGUCAAUAAUACACGUUAUUGCUUUAUAA